AUGGGGCCGCUAGGAGGCGGUGACGGCUCGGCCGUCGUCUGUGUUUCAGCAGCUCGGAAAGAAGAAGAGACCAUGUCCGGAGAAAGAAGCCGACUCGCCGCCUUGCCACACCCUGUGCUGCUUAAAGGCUCUCCCCCUUCAAGGACUAUGGCACCGAAAAGACGCGCUGCUUCUGCUGCCAAAGCAGGUGGGAAGAAGGUGAAAGAGGAGCCUGAGACCCCAAAGCCCAAGGAUGCCUUCACCUCAGCUAAAGAGGCUCUUCUGGCUGCAGGGCCGCAAGUAAAAGGCAAAAGGAGGGUGGAUGAGCACUGUGAACUGUCAUCCUCUGGAGAGGUGUAUGAGGACUAUGACUGCAUGCUCAACCAGACAAAUAUCGGACAAAACAAUAACAAGUUUUACGUCAUCCAAAUUAUUAAAGAAAAAAAUAAAUACUACUCAUGGAACAGGUGGGGUCGAGUGGGCGAAACCGGGCAGAAAAAACUUAACCCCUUUGACAAGCCUGAGACUGCUGUCAAAGACUUUGAGAAAAAGUUUAAAGACAAAACAAAGAACAGCUGGAGCGACCGCAUGAACUUUGUUUCUUACCCUGGAAAGUACACCUUGAUCGAGGUGGACGGGGAGCAGGAUGCUGAGGUCAAGGUAGACAGCGUCGAUGGACGAGUGGACAGAACAUCAAAAGAGAUGCUACCUUGCACACUUGAUGAAGCUACACAGAAACUUAUCACUCUCAUUUUUAGCAAUGACAUGUUCAAAGAGGCCAUGGAAUGCAUGAACCUAGAUAUUAAAAAGAUGCCCUUGGGCAAGCUCAGUAAGAGUCAGAUUGCAAAGGGCUUUGAGGUUUUGGAGGAGAUUGAAGCAGCAAUGAACCAAAGAAAUGGAGGCAGCCGUCUGGAGGAACUUUCCUCAAAGUUCUUCACCACAAUCCCACACAACUUUGGCAGGAACAGACCACCAACUAUCGAAACUAAAGAGAUAGUUGAGAAGAAGAAAGAGAUGCUUAUGGUUCUGGCUGACAUCGAGCUUGCCCAGACUCUGAAGUCAGAAACUGAGAAGGCUCAGGAAACGACAAUAGAAGCAGUUCCUCAUCCUGCUGACCAAGACUACAUUUCUCUCAAAUGCAAGCUUACUCUAAUGGAUAAAGAUGACAAAAUGUUCAAGGUCAUACAAACAUACCUGAAUAUGACGUCAGAUAACCAUCGUAGACCAAAAAUUAUCAACGUUUGGGAAGUUGACCGGGAGCUAGAGGGAGAGCGCUUUAUGGAGAACGAUGAGCUGGAGAACCGCCGCCUGCUGUGGCAUGGCACUAACAUUGCAGUGGUAGCUGCUAUCCUGAAAAGCGGUCUGAGGAUUAUGCCCCAUUCAGGAGGCAGAGUUGGUCGCGGCGUUUAUUUUGCAUCUGAAAACAGCAAGUCUGCGUCAUAUGUUUGCCCCUCAAAGAAUACUGGAGUGAUGUUUUUGAGUGAGGUAGCUCUUGGGAAAGAGCAUACCAUUACCAAAGAUAACUCCCGACUGGUUAAAGCUCCAGCAGGCUUUGAUAGCGUGGUGGCACGAGGUCAAAUGGAACCAGAUCCCUCGAAGGACAUCGUCAUCACCUUGGAUGGCAAAGAGGUUUCAGUGCCUCAAGGAAAAGCCAUAAAACAGCCUCAGUUCUCUGACAGUUACUUCUCCAACAGCGAAUAUCUCAUCUACAAAGAGAGCCAGUGUCGCCUCCGCUACCUGCUGGAGCUGAAAAUGCGUUAAUGUUUCAAAUCAAAGAGGGUAGUGAGUCCUUUAAAUGGGAAAAGUCUUUUGUCACUUGCUUUGUUAUAGGCUAACUCUUGUCAUACUGGAUAUGAAGCUUGCUCCCUUAUAGAUUGAUUGCAUUAUGCAUUUUCUUUCCCUGUGCCUUAUGCCUGUAUACAUGUGUAAUAGAAUGUAAGUCUGUUUUAGCAGACUUUAGAAAAUAUUAACAUGUUAGUACUUUACCAUGAAGUGCAUGGUAAGCACUUUCAAAUGAUAAAAAUGAGGAAUGGCCUUUACGUUAGGAUAUGUUCUCUGAAUGCCUUUCUAAUUGAAGUCUAAGUGCUAAUAACAGAGUAAUUCUUCGGAGAGAGAAUUGAUCCGAUAUUUAAGGGUAAUCCUUUUCACGUGUCUAUGCGAGUAUAUAUGCACUUUUGAAUGAGUAGAAUGAAGACCAAUGUGCAAUUGUAUUUCCAGAUGUAUGGAGUGCAGGUUGUUACUUGCCCUAAGCAACUUUUUUUUUCUUUUUUCUAGCCAUUAAAAAAUAUUCUAAAAGUACUUUUGAGUAAUAUCAAAAUCAGGUAUUGCAAAGCAAAAAUCAUGCAGCUUGUAGCUUUAUUCCCAAAAACACUGUACAAUGUAUGUAAGAACCUUAGCAUUUCUGCACUAUGACCAUGUGACACUAUUACUGGAGCUUGGGAUGCAUUUAUAAAAGUGAAGUGUGCUAGUAAACUUCUUUGUCCUUUAUUCUUUUUGCAGUCAAUUUUAAACUUAGAUUUUUGGUAUUUCUAUUUGGAAGAAGUGUUUUGAGCUGAAUUUUGUUAGAUGAAGUUAAAUAUGGUAGUUGGUGCAUGGUCUUAUACCAACCACCUCUUAAGAAGCAUACUGUCUGUAAUUAUCUCCAGAGCAGAUGAACUAUAGGCUGAUGAAGACAGAAAAGGUGAUGUCUGCUCAGUUUUUUUUACCAAACAUUAGGUUCAUGAAGUAAGCUGUUAUUAGAAAGAGCUUUUUCGGGAAUAACUGAAUUCUAGUUUAAUUUUAGUAGUACUGAGAAUGACUGUCAAGGCUA